CAAAGAGCAAAGAGUAUUUACGCCACUCUGUGGGCUAGAUGGUUGACGGGUAAAGACCCGCGCCGUCGAUGCCUGCCGUCCGGACAUGCACCGUUUAUUCACGACAUAUUUGAGUCGUGAGGCUGCCAUGCAUUUGUUGUUGUCUCCAGUUUGACUCGAUAGUCUUCUAUCACUACCGUGAAACUCUAUUUCACUGAGCAUCAUUUGUGAACUCAAUCAUGGGCGGUGCUACAGCUCUUGGUGACACUUCAGUGACGCCUGGUCACUUUAAGGUGGCGGGCAAGGAAUUUCCUCACAUCAAAUGGACCAGCUUGAAGAAUCUGAGAAACACAUACUUGCUCCUAUUUUUUGUGGUUUUGACCAGCGCCACUAAUGGUUACGACGGUUCCAUGGUCAAUGGUCUCCUGUCACUUAAGCAAUUCAAGGAUUAUAUGCGCGAUCCUUCGGCGUCAAUCAAAGGACUCUUUUCUGGUAUCAUGUUCUUGGGUUCACUUCUCGCCUUACCCAUAACACCAUAUAUUGCUGAUGGACUCGGACGACGAUGGGGUAUCUGUAUUGGCUCGAUCAUCAUGAUCUUCGCAGUAAUUCUUCAGAGUGCAUCUAUGAACUUUCAGAUGUUCAUUGCUGCGCGAUUUUUCCUUGGCUUUGGAGUAGCCAUCGCUCACGGUUCUGCUCCACUGUUGAUUACGGAGAUCUGCCAUCCUCAGCACAGAGCUAUUUUUACCACAGUGUACAACACCACAUGGUACAUUGGUUCAAUCAUCGCUGCCUGGCUCACCUUUGGUACCAACAACAUCGCAAGCCAGUGGUCAUGGCGUAUUCCCUCAAUUCUUCAGGCACUUCCAUCGCUUCUUCAGAUAUCUUGCGUCUGGUUUGUUCCCGAAUCUCCACGUUGGUACAUAUCAAAGGGCCAAUCUGAAAAGGCACUUUCUGUUCUUGCCCACGUCCAUGCUGAAGGCAACGUCGACGACGAGGUUGUCCAACUAGAGUACGAGGAAAUCAAGGAGACAAUCGCUAUCGAGAAAGAGGCCGAGCAAACUGGAUGGCUUGAGCUGUUCAAGACCAAGGGUAACCGCCACAGGUUGCUCAUCUUGGUUUCUGCCGGUCUUUUCAGUCAAUGGUCUGGAAAUGGACUCGUGUCGUACUACAUCACCGGUGUGCUUGACGGCAUUGGUAUCACAGACCCUAACACGCAGUUGGUGAUCAAUGGAGUUCUAAACAUCUGGAACUGCAUCAUCGCAACCACCAUGUGCUUCUUCGUCGACAAAAUUGGUCGCCGUCCUCUCUUCCUCAUUGCGACUGGGGGCAUGAUGUUCGUCUUCAUUAUUUGGACGAUCUGCUCCGAGCGAUACGAUGCAACCAAAGUCAAGGCCAACGGAAACGCAGUCGUUGCCAUGAUCUUCCUCUAUUACACAUUCUACAACACUGCGUGGUCCGGUCUUCUCGUCGGGUACACUGUCGAGAUUCUGCCUUUUUCACUCCGUGCUAAAGGAAUGUGCUACAUGUUCGCCAUGGUCGACGUCGCUCUCUUCUUCAACACGUACGUCAACCCCAUUGCGCUCAAGAGUAUUGGAUGGAAGUACUACAUCGUAUACUGUGCAUGGCUUGGCUUCGAACUUGUCUUCGUCUGGUUCUUCUACAUUGAGACAAAGAACACUCCCCUCGAGGAAAUUGCCAGACAUUUUGAUGGCGAUGCUGCGCUUCUUGGUGGCCACGCGGCUACUGAGAAGGGUCGUAUCAUGAAGAGCGAGAUCCUUGAGAAGGACCCUGCUCAUGUUGGAGAGGAAGAAAGGCACAGCUUGUAAUCCCUU